GAAGAAGAAGAGGAAGAAGAUGGCGCGGUGUUGGAUGUAAACAAAGAUGUUGUAGACUGACUUUAACCGUUUGAUGAAGAAGAAGGUUUAACAUCGGAAAAAUAAAGAGUCAGACUAAAGGUUUGUUUCUACCGGCAGCGCGAUGCUAACGCAGCUAGCUUAACCGGCUAAUUUAUUUCGCUCCAUCAGUUAUUCAACUGUAGUGAUACAGACUGAAGCCACACACAGCUCAGGGUGAACACAGUCACCACUGGAGGAGAUCAAAUAUUUAAUGUUUGAUAUUUAAUCAUAUUACAACACAGCAGAAAGGGGGCCAGCUCGAUUUCUGUAACAGCACCGAGAGAGGCUGUUGCUGAGGAGCACUGCUGUUUCCAACCAACAGAUUCACCUCCAACCAGCUGCUGCUCCACCCGAUCCACUGUGAAGACCUGGCCCAGACCAGUCCAGUCUGACCUGCUCUGACCUGGUCCAGGUGGUGAUGGCGGGUCGAGGUGGUGGGCGAGGUCGGAGGAUGAUGACCUUCAGCGUGGAAGCAGUCGGCAUCAACAGAGGAGACAGUUUACCUCCAUCCAUCCAACAGCCUACACCUCUGUUUCCUGUGAUGGAGCAGAAGCCCCUCCCCCUCAUAGCUGGAGAGGAGGCGGAGUAUCUGUUAGCUCUCAAACAGGAGUUCAGAGGAGCCAUGAAGAGUCUGCCCUGCUUCAUACAGCCAGCUGCUGCACAGAGAGAUGUGGAGAGGUACUCUGAUAAAUAUCACAGCAGCGAGCAGACGGACGCACUGACGGACUGGAGUCCUGACUGGAAAAGAUUCCCUAAAGAACUCAGAGUGAAGAAACCUUCCAAAGACGGUGUCUCAGCAGCUGUCAGUCGCUCUGACCGACCGCAGUCAGGUCAGAAGAAGAAAAAAGUGAAAGAGAAAGAAGAAGUGCUGCUCAAACUGGAGACUCUGCAGAAGAAGGAGGAGCAGCAGAGCUCGGAGGAGGAGGAAGAGGAGGAGGAGGGAGAGGAGAAGAAGAAGAAACAGGAGGAAGAGGAGGCAGAGGGAGAGGAGGAGUAUGAUGAGGAAGAGUUUGAGGAGGAGACGGAUUACGUCAUGUCGUACUUUGAUAACGGAGAGGAGUUCGGAGGAGACAGUGACGACAACAUGGACGAGGCUAUUUACUGAAACACUGAACAUGCACUGACACACAAAACACACUCACAACACAUAUACACACACUGAACACACACACACACUCAUCAGAUUUUAUCAGACAGCAUUUUGUCACUUUUUACAGCAGAAAGAAAAAACGUCCAGCAACAGUUUUAUAAACAGAUCGGACCCAAAGAACGAGUGAAUGAGUGAAUGAUUUAAUGGUUGAAAGAAUGAACGUCAGCUGAAGACGACCCGUCAGGAUUUAUUCGUCCGUAGAUUUGAAGUUUCUGUAGAAACUGAGUUCACUGAAGUUUUUUAAGAUUUUGUAUCAAAGUUUUAUCUGUUUUAUCUUUGUUGUGUAAAAAAAGUGAAUUUUUUCUGUUUGUUUGUUUGUUUGAAAAUAAACUGAUAAACAGCUACGUGAAGAGUCAAAGAAGUGUUUAUGACAUAACAUUAUAUUAAAACAUGUAUUAUUACAAUGUAUUAAAGGAGCAGUCUGUAGAAAUUCAGGGGAUCUGUUGGCAGAAAUCGAAUAUAUUCAUAACGUUUUCAUUGGCGUUUGUUUUGUUACGUAGAUGCCUCAUUGACUGUUAGCCUGUCAAUGUUGCCAUUAUUAUUUUUUUUUUUAAAAGACACAACUUGCCUGUAAACAAAUGCAACUAACGGCAGCUGUGUUUUUCUAAAUAAAAAGCUCUAUCGUUUUUCUAGACAUUCCUAAAUAAUGCAGUUGAAUGUGGAAGUUGACAACUUUUCAAAUAGCGCUAGCUAGCUAACGCUGUUUGCUUAUUUUUAACUCCGUCAUCAUAAAUAGAUUAAUGUAAAUUUUACCACUGUUCAUUUUAGAAAGGCCACCACAAGAAAACAUGUUUGUCUAGAUUAUCAAAUUGGCAAUGGAUCAUUUGUUUGUUGUUUAUUUCUGGCUGUCAGCGAUAGCUAGCAUACUAACACUCAAAUGCUAACAAGCGUUCAUUUUCAAGAACCGUGCCUGGUGGCAGACAGAAACCAAUCUAAACACACAUUAAGUUAUAUUACAUAAACUAACAACAUGUUUUCUUGUGGUGUCCUUUCUAAAAUGAGCAGGGGUGAAAAUUACUAUAUUACUGUAAUCAGACAGCGUUAGCUAGCUAGCCAUUAAUUAUGUUAAAUUCUAUGAAAAUAAGCAGAAUCCAUGCUUGACAAAAGUUUUUACGAUUCCUAAUGACAAUGUUAUUUUCCACCAUGUAAGUAAUGAAGUUCAUGUAAGGCUAACACAUUCCUAUACUGAGCGUCCAGCAGCGAUUAUAGCCUAAAUAUCAAGACUUUGAUAUAACUUUUUACAUGUAGAUCACAAACCCUGGAAUAUAAAAACCUCUCAGUGAAACUGGCUGAUAAACAUGAAUGUAAUAGUUGUUGUUUUUUGUUUUUUUUUAAAUCUAGCCUGUGGAGGAAGUACUCAGAUCCUUGAAUGUUCAGUGGUAUUACUGCCACUCCCUUAAAAAUAUUCAGGUUAUGGAAUGAGGUCUGUAAUGACCUCUGCAGCCUGCAGGGGGCGCUGGUGGACUGACUUAUUACUUUCUAUCAUUAGUGAGAACAGAAUCUGUUUCACUGUAAAACCUGUUUGUUCACAGUGAAGUAAUAAACUUAUCCAUCUGUCUCAGUG